UUUUAUACUUGGAAAUCAUAGCAAAGUAUGCGUAUUAAGGACGAAAUUAAUGCCCAUACCCCUCUCAUUGUCCCAUCAAACUCGCUACUGGCCUCGGGCCCGCCCGUCGUGAGGUCCGAGCUCGAUGCAGCCGAUCCGGCGGCGGCACCGAGGCUUUGCACUCCUCUGUCUCUCCGCCGCCCUCCUCGCUGCCGCCACUCUGCUCCCCGGCGCCGCCGUCGCCGAAGGUGUCACGCCCUCCGAGGCGCGCCGGCUCCGCGACGAGGUGAAAGAUAUGUUCUAUCAUGCGUUUGAUGGAUACAUGAAGUAUGCUUUCCCACUCGAUGAGCUGCGGCCCUUAAGUUGCCAAGGUGAAGACUCCCUUGGUGGUUAUGCGCUCACUCUUAUCGAUUCUUUGGAUACCUUGGCUUUACUGGGUGAUAAGGAGAAAUUUGGUGCUGCUGUGGAGUGGGUUGAAUAAAACCGUCUCUGUUUUUGAAACCAACAUACGUAUCCUUGGGGGUCUGCUAUCAGCUCACCUGAUUGCCAGUGAUUAUGCCACUGGUAUGAGAAUCCAAUCUUAUGAUGACCAGUUACUUCAUUUAGCUGCUGACUUAGCUCAGAGGUUGUUGCCCGCAUUUGACACUCCUACAGGUAUUCCAUUUGGAUCUGUUAAUUUAUUGUACGGAGUCGAUGAAAAUGAAAGCAAGAUAACAUCAACGGCUGGUGGUGGUACUUUGACACUGGAAUUUGGCAUAUUGAGUCGCUUGACUAAUAAUACUGUUUUUGAGCGAGUUACAAAAAAAUCAGUGCGUGGAAUAUGGUCACGCAGAUCAAAACUCAAUCUUGUUGGUGCCCAUAUAAAUGUCUUUACUGGUGAAUGGACACAGAAGGAUGCAGGAAUUGGCACAAGCAUUGAUUCAUUCUAUGAAUAUCUUCUAAAGGCAUAUUUAUUGUUUGGAGAUGAAGAAUACCUGUACAUUUUUCAGGAGGCUUACAAAGCUGCCAUGCACUAUCUCCAUCAUGAUCCUUGGUACGUGGAGGUUAAUAUGAACUCUGGUGCUACUGUUUGGCCACUCUUCAAUAGUCUGCAGGCAUUCUGGCCAGGGCUUCAGGUUUUAGCUGGAGAUGUUGAUCCUGCUAUUCGCACACAUGCUGCCUUCUUCAGCGUCUGGAAAAAGUAUGGUUUUACCCCUGAAGGUUUUAAUCUUGCUACAUCCACUGUACAGAAUGGACAAAGGAGCUACCCGCUACGACCAGAGUUGAUUGAAAGCACAUAUUGGUUGUUCAAGGCUACCAGAGAUUACAGAUACCUUGAUGUUGGAAGGGACAUAUUAGCAAGCCUUCAAUAUGGUGCCAGAUGCCCUUGUGGUUACUGCCACAUAUCAGAUGUGGAAACCCACAAGCAGGAUGAUCACAUGGAGAGUUUUUUCCUUGCAGAAACGGUCAAGUAUCUCUGGCUUCUUUUUGAUUUAGCUGCUGGCCCUGACAAUAUUGUUGAAAAUGGACCAUAUAAGUACAUAUUUAGUACAGAGGGCCAUUUGUUACCUGUUACUCCUGAGAUAGCCUUGGAAGAUGAACAUUGUUCAUAUUUUGGAGCAUUCUGUAAUGGCGGUGCCGACCAUGGAUAUGGUGCUAGUGCUAGUUCUACUAAGCAUCGAAAUGGAAACUAUACCCAAUUAGAUGAUAUUCAAACCCCUUCCAGUCACUAUUCAAUGUCCAAUGUGUUGUUUACGCCAGGUUACAUCAAGGGAGUUUGUCCAGGAUUGACUCAUGCGCAGAAAUUUGGGAUAUCAUACUCUGAUGAAGAGGAUAACUUUAUAGAGCAGACUUCUGAGAGUCUUGAUCAUCAUGGUGAAUCUGCCAUAGAAUCUAGCGUCCAAGACCAAUCAAGUUCUAUUAUAUUGAUCUCUCACCCAGUCGCAAGCCAACAGGAUGAGGCUUUUGAGAGCGAGUCUGGAAGUCAAGAUCAUGCAAAUAUUGUUGUAACUUCUGAUUCUGAUUCUGAUUCCACAAGCCGUGAUAAUACUGUUGGCUCUCCCGGAAUGAACUCGGAAGAACUUAUGGACGACAUAUAGGGCACCUCUAGACAGGACAAAAGAUGAAGAGGUUGCUCACAGUGUUGAGUCCAAGAUAUCAGCUGACCCUUUGCUCAUGUAGCAACCCAUUUCUGUGGAAUCUUCAGGGUCAAUGGCUUGCCGAAUGCAGAACAAGUUAGCAAGCAAGCAAAAUGUCUGGUAGACGAUUCCAGUAUCUUGCCAGCUUCAACAUCGGAAAUUGAUAUUUACUUUCAGAUAGAAUAUAUUACAGGGCGUACAUUCACUAAUUUGUUCUUUUUUUUCUGUAUCGAUCACUAAUAGAUAUUAUUUUGAUUAAUAGAGAAUGCACGAGUUUUGUACACCAGAUGCAUAUGAAGAGGCGCGGCACACAUCACAGGAUCUAUUUAGUGUAGAACAGAACAGCAAACGAGUUUUAGCGUGUAUCUUACAAGAUUUUAGAUUCGAAAAAAUCAAGGAUUUGAAGCUAACAUGCUCUUGAUA